CCCGAGGAGGAGGGGCCGGGCCCGCUGGGGUCGGUGAUCUACACCCGGAGAGUUCGCGCUCCGAGCGUUGCGCUCGGAGGGGCUCGAGCCGUGGCGCGGAUGCUGGAAGUUCACAUCCCGUCUGUGGGACCUGAGGCCGAGGAUCCCAGGCAAAGCCCAGAGAAAGGCCACAUGGUGUUCCGAGUGGAAGUACUGUGCCGCGGGCGCAGGCACAUCGUGCAGAGGCGCUACAGCGAGUUCCACGCGCUGCACAAGAGGAUCAAGAAACUGUACAAAGUGCCCGACUUCCCCUCAAAACGCCUGCCCAACUGGAGGACCAGAGGACUGGAGCAGCGGCGGCAGGGCUUGGAGGCCUAUAUCCAGGGUGUCCUGUACCUGAACCAGGAUGUGCCCAAGGAAUUACUGGAAUUCCUGAGCCUUCGGCACUUCUCCACAGACCCUAAGGCUAGCAACUGGGGCCCGACAGCCGCUCACAGCGGGUCUCUUCUUUUCAGCGCCUUGGGGGAGUUCCUGCCCAAGAACAGCAGGCAAGUGGAAGCCCCACCCCCCCCCCCCCCUGCCCCCAACUCCCCGCCCGACUCAGGCUGCCCCCUAGUGGCCUUGUGCCUGCUGGUGUCUGGCCUCUCGCAGCAGUCCAGCUCCCAGCUCCACCACCGGCCUGUCAUCAGCUUCUGCAUGGAUCCCUACGUUUGCAUUCCAUCCCCAGAGCCUCUGUCCAACAUGGUGGUGAAUGGCGUGCUCCAGGGCCUCUAUGGCUUCAGCACCAGCUCAGCUAAAGCCCAGUCCGAGGCUCCCUGUCACCCUGCUCCUUUGCCACCGAUGCCCUGACCAGCCCAGAGGUCUGUGGGCCACCUGCCAGGACAGGCAUGUGCCUCAGUGUAUGAGCCCCCUUCUCAGAGGCUGGGUCCCCCUUGGCCCGGACCCAGGAUUUAACCACCCCAGAUGCCAGGGCAGGGACAACAGGGGAUAAGGAAUAAAGGGAGAAGUCCAAUUUAGAGGUAGGCUUUGAAAAGAGACUGGUAUAUUUCUUCACCUACCCCAGAAAGGGGCAGGAGACAAGCAAAGGUUGAGGCACAGUAGUGGCAAAGGUUAGAAACAAGGAGUAAAAGCUCCUGCUUGAAACUUUAUAGGCAGUGUCUAGAGAAAGGGGUCAGACCAGAGCCUCAGAUGGGGACAGGCACCCCCUACCCCAAGAGUCCCAGACCUGCUGGGACAGAGACUUGAGCAGGUGUUGGAGGCCCAAGAACUCAGCCCACACUGGUUUAAAAAAAAAAACAAACCACCUUUUUUUUUAUUGGUCAGCAUGGAUAGGAGUUUGUUACAAAACCGGGCCUGGAGGCCUAUGGAAUGGGAGGGGAGGAGUCCACUCCGUCAGAUGCCAGCACUAGGGCCAGUGCAGCAUGGAGCCGUG